UUUGUCAAAAUAAAAUAAUAAAUAAAAAUAAAAAUAAACAACCUACAUGAGUUCAUUGGCAGAGGCAGAUGGUGAAGUGUCUUGCUUAGCAGAGAGGGAGAUCUGCUGUAUCCUGUGGCCCCUGGGCUACCCUGCCAAGGCUCAUUAGAUUGUGCCUUGAGGUUUUUUGCAAUGUUCUGUACUUGUUCCCCCCCCCUUUCCCCCUUAUCCACAUUUGAAGCAAAACGUGAAAGGUGCAGCUAUUGAGACCCGCACGCUUGUUAGCCUUGACCUGCCAGCUGCAAAGCAAUCUUCAGCUAGAUCAAUAGACUCCCGUUUUUUAAUGAGCAUUUCUUAUCGAGAAUUCGAGGUGGAGCCCUCGACUGUGGCUGCUAUGGCCCAGUGACCAUAAAAUUAAUGACGAAACGAUCGCUUGUAGACUGUUUAUUGUAAAUGAAAUUACGCGUUUGCAUAAUGAAGGGGAGGGAAUGGGAUGGGACAACACCAAAGUGGGCGGGCGGCUUUCUGGAGAGUAUCGGGGUGAUUACUCACUCCCUAGAAGGUGGUUAGGAUUAGUCCGAGGUUGGAGAAGCAGGAAUCUGAUGAGGGAGGUAGAAAAGAGAAGGAAGGAAGGUGGAAUGGAAGAGAGAACAUCUGCAGGACAGGAGGCCAGAAGGCUAGAUCAAUGAAGGAAAUAGCAGAGGGUAAGGAACAAGGUGGGGAGUAGAAGGCUCCAUGAAAUAUAUCUAGAAGGCAGAGGUUGAAGACAGCACCAUACACCCAACUGCUGCUGGAACAUCUAGUUGCUUUUGAUCUUGCUAUAUAUGGAUGCUCAGUUCAUGAAGACUCCAUAGCGUGAGGCCCUCUUCCUUCUCUUUCCCUCACUCAUACUUCCAAAGGGAGAGCUUUAUUGCACCAGAAGAGUGAAGAGAGGUGGACUUCUCUGUUUGGGACUAGUUACUAACGCUCAUAAAACGUUUUGGAAUCAGACUGGCCCGAAAAGUGUCCAGAGAUACAACGGAAAAGCCUUUGCCUCUCCUCCCGGUGUGAUUUUCCCUACCCUACGCUGCAGAGAUGGAUCAAUUGUUGGAGGUCAAGAUCGGCUGCCUGGCAGGUCUGCUGGUGGUCACACUCAUUUGUGGCCUCAUCCCAGCACAGGUUAGAUGGUUCCAGAGCAACAUGGCCAGAGGGAAGCAUCGGCGCAUCCUCAGUUUCAUAGGCUGUUUUGCCGCCGGAGUGUUCCUUGGGGCCUGCAUUAUGCACAUGGUGGCCGACGCACUGGGAGACAUCCAGGAGGAACUAAGAAAGAGACGGCAGCAGGGAGCUUCUAUGCAUAAGCAGAACAGCACCUCUGAAGGUGAUGAUGAUUCUGAGAUGUACCCAUUUGGGGAGCUCGUCAUCUCAGCUGGCUUCUUCCUGGUGUUCCUCAUUGAGAGCGUGGUGCUCCAUUGUUGCCCCAGGGCUGUGCACUCCCACGGCGACCACAACACCGAAGAGGAUAACAAGGACCCGCCGGAAUCCCACAGCUCUUUCCGGGCGUUCGUGCUCUUCCUGUCGCUCUCCUUCCACUCGGUCUUUGAGGGCCUCGCCAUUGGUGUCCAAAAGCAGGAGACGGCCGCCAUUCAGCUUUGCCUGGCGGUGCUGAUCCACAAGGCCAUUGUGGUCUUCAGCCUGGCUUUGAAGUUGGUGCAGAGCGGCACGCCGGCCCGGUGGAGGUUGCUGUACUUGGUGGUGUUUGCUCUGAUGUCUCCCGCUGGCAUCGGCGUGGGCAUCGGUGUCUCCCUUUACAACAGUGAUGGGACCAGCUUGGCUCAGGCUUUGUUGGAAGGGGUGGCAGCAGGGACCUUUCUCUAUGUCACCUUCCUGGAGAUCCUCCCCUACGAGCUGCGCUCACACGAAAGCCCCCUCACCAAGUUCUUCUUCAUUGGACUGGGCUUCUCCAUCAUGGCCAUCAUUGCCAUUUGGGCAUGAAAAGAGUGGCUCUUCUAUGUUCUCCAUGAAAGCCCUUCACAACUCCUCUCUUUCCAGAACCUCCUCUUAUCAGCCAUGUGGUCCGUCACCUCGGGUGGUGCUAUAUAUACACAUAUGUCCUAAGUGAAGGGAAAUAUCCAGCAACCCACAUGGACAAAAAUGCAAGAUACAGGUAUAUGAAGCAAUGGAGCUUGAGCGACAUAUACAUCUUUUUUAGCUUUGCUCCCUGAACUAUUGGAAAUCCACAACCAUCAGCACAAUAUCCUAGCAGCAGUGAUAAUUAACGCAGCCAAGAGACCUAACACAAGCAAUGGCAUCGCUUCUUUCAAUCGUUGUGAAAGACUAAAUGUACAAUAUGUACGGUCAUCCUGCAAGGAACUCCGGAACAAGUAGGAUAUUGGCUAAGGGGUAAAUGGGACAUGUUAAAAGAGGUUGUUGGGUUUUGUGUAUGUGGAUGGAAAUAUACACUCAGAUUUUGUUUUGUUUUGUUUUGUUUUGUUACCCUUUUGUCUGUCUUUGGGGAAGGUAUGUGUGCGAAGGAUGUUCCUACAUGUGUGUG